AUGGAGAGGGACAGAGAGAGGCAGAGAGAGACGGAAAGAAAGAUGCUGGGUAGAAAGAGAGGGAGGGAGAUUGACCAGGUGCCGCUUUGUAAGGCGUGUUUGGUUGAAGUUGAAGGAAAGGAAGGGCUUGAGGAUGGAAAUAAGGAUGGGGAGAAGAGGGACUUGGAGAAGGUUCUUGUGAGGCAAGGGUUGGAGAGGAUUGAUAAAGUGGAUGGAGGGUUAACGAGACAGAGGUGGGAUAUGAGGGAGGGGGAGAAGGAGAAGGAGAAGGAAAGAGAGAAAGAGAAAGAGUUGAUUGGGGAUGGUGGUAAAGGUGGUUUACUGCCGUUGAGGAGGGGGGCGGUAGAUGAACGGUUCAAGACGAGGGACGAGAUGGCCUCAAGCUCUGGUUCAGACGAACCCGAGACUAUCUACGUUAACAUCUUCGACCCCGUCGGCCGAGAGUCCUUCAGACCGACCUUGAUGAAGUCUAUACCUGAGUGGAUGCGAUCGGGAGCGCGGGAGCAUCUCGAACCCAAGACCGAAUCUGCAUUAGCUGUCAACUCGAGUUAUGAUGAGCCCAGAGAACAAACGACCGAUCACACAAGCACGAUCUCGACGCCGCGACCUAUCAGUCAAGGAUUAUCAGAGACUUCGUCUACCGCCACAGUUAUCCAGACACCACCUCAGCCGACAGCUUCUCGCGCUGCAUCAACCCGUCGACGAUCCGGUGCAAUCUCACCCCGAGCGACAAGCCCAGUGCCGCCCAUCGACGCUAUAUCCAGGCCCUCGUCAGUCCUUGGCCGACGAACUCCCAAUCUUCGCACUGGAACAUCUUUCGUGAGCGAGCAACCGCUUGUUGUCCCCUCCAUGUCCUUUAACCAUUCCAAGGAGACAACAGCCAAGGUUUCAGCCAAAGACCCAACCCGAGACUCAUGGCUCCCGACGGACUCGGAUGUCUCUUCAAGCCCGCUUACCGUCACACAGCCUGAGCUCUCUUCUCGCCCAUCCUCAGUUCGAAGCGUCGCCACCAUCUUCGAAAGAGGCAUCGCAAGCAAAGAUCAGCGCCACACGCCCGUAAACCAACCACUCCCUCUCCUACGCGUCCUCCAACAACCCUACCGCCCACUCACCCCCACCCGCUCUGAUACGAGUCUUUACUCUUCUUCCCCACACCUCCAGCCCAUAAGCCCAGCAAUACGACCGCAAAGAGUCCAGACCCAUGAGCUCCGGGCAACAAAUCUGCCGAAGCCGAUCCAGAUUCUUAGAAGUGGACAAGCAGGACAAUCAUCCAUGAACAGAAUGGGUUCCGCAGCAGUCUCGAUACCAGUUGUCUCAACAAGCUCCGAGUAUCUAGAGCGGUAUCAACCCGUCAAACCGUCGACAAGUACAAAUCCCAGUAGUUUCCUUUCUUCUUCCCCUUCGACGUCGGUCCGCACCUCGAUACGGGCGGGUGGACUUGGGCCUGGGCUCAUCUGGGGAAACGGAGAGAGAGUCGGGGAACCGCUUUUCGAUGUAUUCGACUUCUCAGCCGCCUUCGUCGUUCUUGCAGUCGUCAUACCAAAGUGUCCCUGGGGAAAGGACCUCUAUAAGGAGGUCUGUGUCACAUUCUAUACGGAGGGAGGGGGUUCUUGA